AUGAGCCGCCCGCCAGCCCGCCCGGGCCCGGCCCGCGCCCGUCGUCCCUGUCGCCCGCUGUCUCCGCCACGGGCUGCCCACCCGCCCGGCUCCCCCGGCCCGCUGCGCUGCCUGUGUCCACGGCUCGGGAGGAGGCCGUGGAGGAGCCAACCCCUGCGCCCGGCCCCUGGCCACCAAGCCCGGGCGCGCGCCAUGGGGCUCCCCCGGCUGCUGCCCCUCGCGCCGCCGGGCUAGGGCGAUGCGGGCACCCACAGCGCGCGGCCCCUGCGGGCACCAUGAGUCCCCUGCUCCGCAGCCUGCUGCUCGCAGCGCUGCUGCAGCUGGCCCCCGCCCAGACCCCCAGCUCCCAGCCUGAUGCCUCCACUGUCCACCAGAAGAAAGUGGUGCCCUGGAUGGAUGUGUACGCCCGGGCUACCUGCCAGCCACGGGAGGUGGUGGUACCCCUGAGCAUGGAGCUCGAGGGCACUAUAGCCAAGCAGGUAGUGCCCAGCUGCGUGACCCUGCAGCGCUGUGGCGGCUGCUGCCCGGAUGACGGCCUGGAGUGUGUCCCUGUGGCGCUGCACCAAGUCCGGCUUCAGAUCCUCAUGAUCCACUACCCGAACAGUGAGCUAGGGGAGAUGUCCCUGGAAGAGCACAGCCAGUGUGAAUGCAGACCCAAGAAGAAAGAACAAGAUCCUGCUACUAAGGGGGACAGGGAUGCCACUGCCCACCACCACCCCAAGCCCCGCUCCGUUCUGGGCUGGGACCCUGGCCCGGGAGCACCCUCCCCAGCUGACAUCACCCAUCCCACCCCAGCCCCAGGCCCCUCUGCCCACGCUGUGCCCAGCGCCGCCAGCGCCCUGACCCCCGGACCUGCCGAUGUCGCUGCCGACACCGCAGCUUCCUCCGUUGCCAAGGGCGGGGCUUAGAGCUCAAUCCAGACACCUGCAGGUGCCGGAAGCUGCGGAGGUGACAACCCACUUUCCAGAUCCAUAGGGAUGCUCGCUUCACAGGCUAUGCCCCAGACUGGGAAUUGAUGACCCCCUGUUGGGACCCACCAGCCACCAAACCCUGGGUCCUAAUGGAAGCUGCUUCAGGAGGGCUUUCUACCACAUCCAAGACCGUCAUCCCACUGGGCAGAGCUGCUCAGGGAAACUGAGGCAGCAAGAGUGGCCACCUACUGAUUUGGGGCCAACAGGGUCUUAUCUCCUGUUCUGGCCCCCCUGUGCAAGUGAGCACCUCACAAGUGCCCCCUCUGAGGCCUCACUGGGCUUCAGGGUGAACAAUGCUGCAAACCCCGAUAAAGAGAUGGAAGGAGCCAUC